CGAAUACUCUCUACGCCAGAGAGCUUGUCCGUAUGUUCUUGCAGCCAAGUGAGCUGUGCAUGGUGUUCCCAGACCCAUCCGAAGCUCGCAUCGCGUUCGAGGAGUAUGGCAGUCAGGUCCCGUUCUCUCUCUCCAGCCUCAGCAAACCGAAGCAGCAAGAGGAUCGAGUGAACAAGUACCUUGUGAUGCAUCCUGUGUUCGACGUGCGCGAGUACAUCCAGAUGGACGAGCUGUACAUGAGUGAAGUUGCCCCCAAAGACGCUGCAAUGAUCAUCUUCAACGGCGACCUCUUCAAGAUGCGCAGUGGAGGAAUCGGGGGAUACUACCCUGACUUCUUUUUUCCCAAGCUUGCUCAAGUGAGGAGGCGAUUCAUGCCGAUGGUUGAGACUGCUUACUACCUGAGAGUCUUCCGUGGGCCGCCGGUAGGAGCUCUGUACCGCGAGUAUCCCGGGCCAUGGCAGAUCCUCCGAGCCGUCAAUGGGGGCAGGUUUGAGGUGCUAUGGGAGCAGCAGCAGCAAGAGCCUCCCAAGCAAGAGUUUGUCCUCCGCGUGCUCCAGUCCGCGGGCCCCCCGCCUGUGAUGACUAAGCCGAGCGAGGAGGAGAAUCUGCCGGAGGGAUGGAAGUCAGCAGUGGAUCAGGAGACGGGCAAGGUGUACUACUACAACGCUAACACAGGAGAGUCUACGUGGGAGCCACCUGCUGUCUAGUAAAGUUGUCUUCUCUG